GUGCAUCAAAACGGCGCAGUCUUAAUUCCCUCUCUCUCUCACAAACCCUAAUCCCCAAAACCUGAGUGCUGACCGUUAUUUGCUUAUCACAACUCUGUCUCUCUCACACACACAAACCCUAACCCCUAAAACAGGGCCGGCCCUGGCCCAAGGCGACCAAGGCGGUCGCCUUGGGCCUCAGAUUUUAGAGGGCCUCAAGGGAUGGAAAAAAUAAAAAAUAAAAAUAAGUUAGGGCAAGUUUCAGACGAUACAAUCUGCUUCGACACUCCGCAGGGCGCCUCCGCUAUCUCCUCAGGUGACAAGGGCCUCACAUUUGAAAGUUCGCCUAAGGCGUCUCAAAAUAUUCGGAAUCUCAGGGCCAGCCCUGCCCUAAAACCUCUCUGCUGGUCGCUUAUAUAUGUUCUGUUCACAGCCAGCCAUUCCGACUUCAUUUAUCGUCUGAUAUUGCCGUGAACUUACAUGUAUGUUCAGAUUGGUGCCAUCCUGUAAAUGUAGGCAUUUUCAGAAGUAUAUUCCAUUCCUUCAAACCCCUAACUGGUCAUAUUCCACCACUGCAAGUUGUUUAUUAAUUCCUUCACAUGGCAUUGAGAACAAGAACAAAGAGAUUAAUUUUGAGCUUUUAUUCCACUCAUGCACCAAAACCCACCUUGCUAAGCACCUUCACGCCCUUCUUAUUGUGUCGGGGAAGGUUCAAAGUACUUUUAUUGCCAGUAGACUCCUUAAUCUUUAUGCCAAUCUUGGCGAUGUUUCUUUGUCCCGUGGCACCUUUGAUCAGAUCCCAGAAAGGGAUGUCUAUACCUGGAACUCCAUGGUGUCUACUUAUGUUCGCAAUGGUCGUUUCUCUGAAGCUGUAAAGUGUUUGUAUGAAAUGUUACUGACAUCUAAAGUUCGGCCUGACUUCUAUACUUUUCCUCCGGCGUUAAAAGCUUGUGGUAAUUUACUUGAUGGGAAGAAGAUACAUGGCUGGGUUUUCAAAUUGGGUUUUGAAUGGGAUGUCUUUGUGGCUGCUUCCUUGGUGCAUAUGUACUGCCGAUUUGGUUCUGUAGUUGUUGCCAAUAAAAUAUUUAAUAAUAUGCCAUUUCGAGAUAGGGGUUCUUGGAAUGCCAUGAUUUCUGGGUUUUGUCAAAAUGGAAAUGCUGCAGAGGCUUUGAGUGUCUUGGAUGAAAUGAGAUUGGAGGGGAUGAAAAUGGAUUCAGUUACUGUUUCGACUAUUCUUCCUAUUUGUGCACAAAUGGAUGAUAUCUUACAUGGAAGGUUGAUCCAUUUGUAUGUCAUAAAGAAUGGAUUGGAGUUUGAUGUGUUUGUGUCCAAUGCCUUGAUUAACAUGUAUUCUAAAUUCGGUAACUUGGGGCACGCACGGGAGGUUUUUAAUCAAAUGAUGGAAAGAGAUUUGGUGUCUUGGAACUCCAUAAUUGCUGCAUAUGAGCAGAAUGGUGAUCCUAAUACAGCAAUUAAGUUCUUUCAGGAGAUGCAGUUCUAUAAAAUUCAGCCUGAUUUUUUGACACUGGUGAGCUUAGCUUCUAUUAUUGGGCAGUUUGGAGACUGUCCAAGUAGCAGAUCUGUUCAUGGAUUCAUCCUGAGGAGAUGUUGGAUUAUGGAAGAUGUUGUCAUUGGAAAUGCAGUUGUGGAUAUGUACUCGAAGUUGGGUAUUGUAGAUUAUGCGCGUAAAGUUUUUGAAGAAAUUCCUUUCAAAGAUGUGAUUUCGUGGAACACCAUGAUCACGGGUUAUGGCCAAAAUGGUUUUGCUAGUGAGGCCAUUGAAGUAUACUGCAUGAUGGAAGAGUUCGAGGGCCUCACACCAAACGAAGGUACUUGGGUAAGCAUUUUACCAGCUUACUCUCAUGUUGGAGCCUUGCAACAGGGUAUGAAAACUCAUGGACGGGUGUUAAAAACCGGUCUCGACUUGGACAUCUUUGUUGGUACUUGCCUUGUUGACCUUUAUGGAAAAUGUGGGCGACUGGAUAAUGCAAUGUCUUUAUUCAAUGAAAUACCCAGGAUGAGUUCGGUCCCUUGGAAUGCCAUAAUUUCUUGUCAUGGAAUUCAUGGGCAUGGUGAGACAUCUCUGCAACUAUUCAGAGGUAUGCUGGAUGCGGGAGUGAAGCCGGAUCAUGUAACCUUUUUAUCUCUAUUAACAGCUUGUAGUCAUUCAGGGUUAGUUGAUCAGGGUCAGUGGUGCUUUCAUGUAAUGCAAGACUAUGGUAUUAAACCUAGUUUGAAACACUAUGGCUGCAUGGUAGACUUGCUUGGUAGAGGUGGAUAUUUAGGAAAGGCAUAUGAUUUCAUAGAGAGUAUGCCUAUAAAGCCUGAUGCUUCAAUUUGGGGAGCUCUUCUUGGUGCUUGUAGGGUCCAUGGAAAUGUUGAGUUGGGAAAAUUUGCUUCAGAUCAAUUGUUUGAAGUUGAUUCGGAGAAUGUUGGCUACUAUGUUUUGUUGUCAAAUAUCUAUGCAAAUGUUGGGAAAUGGGAGGGAGUGGAUGAAGUUAGAGCAUUGGCUAGAGACAGAGGAUUGAGGAAGACUCCAGGAUGGAGCUCAAUUGAACUGAAUAACAGGAUUGAAGUCUUUUAUACUGCAAACCAAUCCCAUCCCAGGUGUGUGGAGAUAUACAAGGAGCUGCAGAUUUUAAAUGCCAAAACGAAGAGUCUGGGUUAUAUUCCGGACUAUAGCUUUGUGUUGCAGGACGUUGAGGAAGAUGAGAAGGAGCACAUCCUUACAAGUCAUAAUGAAAGAUUGGCUAUUGCAUAUGGAAUUAUCAGCACACCUCCUAAGAGUACUAUUAGAAUCUUUAAGAACUUGCGGGUUUGUGGGGAUUGCCACAAUUUUACUAAAUUCAUCUCGAAGAUUACUGAAAGGGAGAUUACUGUGAGGGACUCUAACCGUUUCCAUCACUUCAAAGAUGGCACUUGUACUUGUGGAGAUUUUUGGUGACAUGAAGUAUUGAUAUAUUGGAUGACAUGAAUUUUUGAUAUAUUAUUCAGAAACCCGAUAAGUCAGAUCGUUGUCAGUGUUAGUCUUAUACAAAGGGUAAGAACAUCAACUGCAAUGAGAAUCAGAUUUAUAAAUUGUUUUUCUCUAA